AUGCAAGGUACAAGACACGCUCUUGCUAUCUUUGAGCAUGCAUCAAAACUCAUCGGAAUUGAUAAACCCAAGGCCGAGGUAAUCAAGCUAUUGACGGGACUGGAUGGAUGUUUGUCAGAGAAACAACAACUGAAGGUGGUCACCAUUGUCGGAUCUGGAGGAAUGGGCAAGACAACUCUUGCAAACCAAGUGUAUCAAGAGCUCAAAGAGAAAUUCAAGUGCAAGGCUUUCGUGUCGGUGUCGCGAAAUCCAGACAUGAUGAAUAUCUUGAGAACCAUUCUUAGUGAAGUUAGUUGUCAACCUUACGCUCACACUGAAGCAGGAAGCCUAGAACAAGUGAUUAGCAAGAUUAGUGAUUAUCUAACCGAGAAAAGGCAUUUUAUAGUGAUCGACGAUAUAUGGGAUGUUAAAACAUGGGAUGUUAUUAAGUAUGCUUUCCCUAUGACCAUAUGUGGCAGUGUAAUAAUCACCACUACUCAUUCGACUGAUGUUGCAUGUUCAUGUCAUUCAUCAAUUGGUGGCCAUAUUUACAAUAUAAGACCUCUUAACAUGACCCACUCAAGACAACUGUUUCAUAGAAGAUUAUUCAACUCUGGAGAAGAAUGUCCUCCAUCCCUUACAAAAGUUUCUAACCAAAUAUUGAAAAAAUGUGAUGGGAUGCCUUUGGCGAUAAUAUCUAUAUCUGGUCUGUUGGCUACUAGAGGAAGAACAGAAAAUUUAUGGAACCAAGUGAAAGAUUCAAUUGGCCGUGCACUUGAAAGGAAUCCUAGCAUCGAAGGAAUGAUUAAGAUAUUGUCAAUUAGUUACUUUGAUCUCCCUCCUCAUCUUAAAACAUGUUUUUUAUAUCUAAGCAUAUUUCCAGAACAUUCUGUUAUUGAGAAGAAAGCACUAAUAUGGAGAUGGAUUGCCGAAGGAUUUGUUCAGAGAGAUGACAGAUAUUCGGCAUAUGAGUUAGGAGAGAGAUAUUUUAAUGAGCUCGUCAAUAGGAGUUUGAUCCAGACUCAUAAGCUGGACAAAUAUGAUAAUGUGCUUACCUGUCGAGUUCAUGACGCAAUUCUUGACUUCAUAGUAUCCAAGUCCAUCGAAGAGAACUUUAUUACUUUCGUUAGUGUCCCCAGUUUAACUAGUAGGACACAAAGAAGAGUUCGUCGGCUCUCCAUGCAAGCCGAAGGGAAAGCAAAUAGUCUCAUGCCGACAAGCCUAAUAUUGUCUCAUAUCCGAUCACUUAAUGUGUUUGGGGAUGAAGUAGAAAUCCCUUCAGUGAUAAAGUUUAGUCAUUUGCGCACAGUGGAUUUUUCAGGAUGCCAUCAAUUGGAGAACCACCAUCUUGCUGAUGUAGGGAGGUUGUUUCACCUAAGGUACCUCAACAUUAGCAGGACAAAGAUAAAUGAGCUCCCAGAACAAAUCAGACAUUUAAGGUGCUUACAGAUGUUGGACAUAAGAGAGACAGAGGUAUACAAUUUACCGGCAUGUAUUGUCAAUCUUGAAAAUUUGGCACAUUUAGCUGUUGGCAAACAUGUUUUAUUUCCCGAGGGAAUUACGAAGAUGCAAGCACUAGAGAGCUUGAAAGAGGUGAAUGCCUGCAAGCAGUCCUGUAACUUUCUGCAAGAGCUGGGUCAACUAAAGAAUCUGAAGAAGCUACACAUUAGUCAUAUGGAUGUUGCACAGGAGCACAAGGAAGUUUUUGCUUCCUCUCUCGGCAACCUAUGCACACGGAACCUUUGUUCUCUGACCACAAGGAAUGUUGAUUACAACAUCUUAGGGAAUACAUGGUGCACUUCUCCCCCGGUUAACCUCCAAAAACUGAAGAUUGUGGAUUGUGUCCUCCCAGAGGUUCUGGAUUGGAUACUAUCAUUUGAAAACCUGCAAAAGUUAUGCUUGGAAAUGGAAUUAAUAUCGCACGAACAUCUCUAUAUCUUUGGAGCCUUGCCUGCUCUGCUCACUCUAAGUCCUCAAGGAAGGAAAAAUCAAUUUUCUUGUAAAGAUGAAUGCCUGGUAGUCAGUAGUGAAGCUGGGUUCCAAUGCCUGAGGAUUUUUACCUAUACGGUGCAGGGAUAUAGAAUCGAUAUACUUUUUGCACCAGGGUGUAUGCCCAAUCUAGAAAAGCUGGAAUUUAUCUUUUUUGAAAACCAAUCUUUCAGCAGUGCACGUUCUUGGUAUUUUGGAGUUAAAAACCUCUCCAGACUCGUCACAUUCAGAUGCGAGUUGCGUUGCUCGGGUGUCACGAAGAAGUGGAUCCUUGACGCCGUAAUGGCUUCCCUGGAGAGAGCAGUUGGCAAACAUCCCAACGUCCACCUUACUCUGAUCUUUGAUGCUUCACGCUGUUUGAUUCAAGCAACACCCUAUUCGAAAUAUUACCCUCCAGUGGUCCAGAUACUUCCGUAG